UCUCCCUUGACCGGCCCUUUAUAUAGUCCUCUCAGUGUCCCGCUGAGGCAGACUGAGAUUUCUGAACCACUCAGCCCACACCCAGCUUUUCCCCAGCAGCAGAGAAGCAGGUCGUCAUCAUGAGGGGCUCUACAUAAUUCAAAGGAAAAGGAGCAGCAUAUCCUGACCUUUGUUAGGGCAGUGACAGCCUGUCUGGAAGGGUGCCUGAUGGAUCCUAACCAUGGCCUGAGAACUUGGAUGUCACAUCAUGUAGAAAUAUGGGCCUACACUUCUUCAAUAUGAUUUGUCAGCUCUCUUCCCGGCUUAUAUAUGAGAAGUCCAGUUGGUGCGAAGGUCAGAAGAGAGCAGAGCAUCAAGGAAGGAUCCUGAGGAGUCCUGUCCUGGUGAAAACGCAGAGAACUGCAGCCACCUUCACAGCCACCAUGGGAGAGAAUGCAGGUGCUGAUCAGAUCAAGGAGAAUCUCCUUCAGCUGAGCUGUCACUUCACGUGGAACUUGCUGUUUGAAGACGCUGACAUACCUGAUUUGGAAAUGAGAAUAUCAGAGCAGAUCAAGUUCCUAAACAUCAUGAGCCCAGUGGGGAUGCUCAACCUCCUGGCCUAUGUGAGACACCUGAAAGGCCAGCAUGAGGAAGCCCUGCAGAGCCUGAGAGAAGCAGAAGCCUUGAUCCAGAAAAAGCCACUGGGCAAGAGAAGCGUGGUGACCUGGGGCAACUGUGCCUGGGUGCAUUACCACAUGGGCAGCUUGACAGAAGCCCAGAGGUACCUGGACAAAGUGGAGAAUACUUGCAAGGAAUUUGCAAGUCUCUUCCGCUACAGGAUGGAGUGUGCUGACGUGUACUGUGAGGAAGGCUGGGCCUUGCUGAAGUGUGGAAAAAAGUAUAAUAAACAAGCCCUGGCCUGCUUUGAAAAAGCUCUGGAAUCUGAUACUGAAAACCCCGAAUACAACACUGGCUAUGCUGUAGCCGCCUAUCGUCAAGACUUUGAUGACAAAAAUAUGUCUCUGGAACCCCUGAGGAAGGCUGUCAGGUUAAAAUCAGAAGAUCCAUGUAUUAAAGUUUAUCUUGCCCUGAAACUUCAGGACAUAGGAGAAACACAUGAAGCAGAAAGACACAUUGAAGAAGCCCUCAGCAGCACAUCCUGUCAAACUUAUGUCUUUCGACAUGCUGCCAAGUAUUUCCUAAAGAAAGACUGCAUAGACAAAGCUCUCCAACUCCUACGCAAGGCCUUGCAGACAUCACCUGAGUCUGGCUACCUGCAUUUCCAAAUAGGGCUCUGCUACAGGCAACAAAUGAUCCAACUGAAGACAUCCAGAAACAGACAGACCCGAAGGCCUGGCAGCAUUAAGGAAUUGGCACAACGGGCCAUCUGUGAAUUUCAGAAGAGUGUGAAACUGAGGCCCACGUUUGAUGCAGCUUAUGUUUGCAUGGCUGAAACACAGGCAGAAAUUCGCCAAUAUGAAGAAGCUGAGGCAAAUUUCCAGAUAGUGCUGAACAUGAAGAACCUCAGUGGGCACAUAGAGCAGGACAUUCAUUUCCGCUAUGGCCGUUACCAGCAAUUUCAAUCAGAAGACACGGCCAUCACCCACUACUUAAAAGGUCUAAAAAUAGAAGAAAAGUCUUAUGCCCAGAGGAAACUACUCAAUGCUUUGGAGAAAGUGGCUGAAAGACGGGUUCAGCAGAAUGAUCGACCUGUGGAGAGCACCAGCCUCCUUGGGUUAGUCCACAAACUGAAAGGGGACAUGCCCGAGGCCCUGCUGUACUACGAGAUGGCUCUGAGGCUCACUGGGGAGAUGAACCCUGAAUUCUGAAUGCAGCUCAUCUCUGCAAAAUAAUGUACUCAUCACUGAGAUUCCAUCCCUCCUAACUGACUGCUUUCCUCAGAACUGCAAUCUUGCUGCAAUCCAAGUACCUAAAUGCAUUGGCUCCUGCCACCUCUUCCUCACCCUCAUGGUCAUGUCUAGAAGGAAGUUCUGUCCCCACUACACCUGCUCACUUAAUGGUGGCCAGGACUGACUCCUACUGUUUUCAACCCUUUGAGCGCUGUCACAAACCUUUUUCCUUAUGUGUGUGCUGUGACAAGAAAAUCUUCAUCGAAGUGCAGAAGGAGGGAGAAUAUAAGAAAGGAAGGCAGGACCGCGAGGGUUGCAUCUACCCAGGAAGACUGUGGAACUGAUCUAAUGGGAGCUCACCAAGGCCUGCUGGACUGGGACUGAAUGAGCAUUGAUCAGACCGGACUCUCUGAAUGUGGUUGACAAUGAGGCUGGACUGAGAAGCCAAUGAUAAUUACACUGGAUUUUGAUUCUACUGCAUGUACUAGCUUUUUGAGAGCUUAGCCUGUUUGGAUGCACACCUUCCUAGGAUGGAGGGAGAUCCUUGGACUUCCCACAAGGCAGGGCACCCUGAUUUCUCUUAGGACUGGAGAGUGCGGGGAAUGGGAGUGGGGGGAGUUGGAAGGAAAUGGGAGGAUGGGAGGAGGUGGAAAUAUUAAAUUAAUUAAUUAAAAAAACAAAAAAUAUAAUGGAGUUUACUGAAGGAAAAAAAAAGAAAAUUUUCAUCAUCUGCCUGCCAGUGUGCUGGACAAAGAAGUCUUCUCCAAUUAGGAUUCUUUUAGGUCGUCAGAAACUCUUACUAUAAUACAAUCUCAGAGCAAAAGAGAUGAGCAAAGGAGAGAGUUUGAAAGCAGGAACGCUCUCACAGUUCUGGACACCCAUUCACAGCUAAUGAGAGACUUAAGUGUGCGGACAGUAAUGCAAGGAAAUCUUGCUGGGACCUUACAGACUGAGGAUGACAUAAAAAGUUUGCCUGAUUUUUUUCUGUCUUAUUGAUAGUUUGCUAUGUGUGAUGCUUUUCCCUCCACUAAAAUAAAUUCAUUAAA